CUGCCAGUCAGUUUUUUUUGCCUCUGCUGAAGUUGUGGACAAUCGUUUCAGGAACUCUUGCCUUACUCUGCCUCCCUGAUUUCAGCCUCUCUAGCAGGCCUUUUACAAAUAAAGAUUUUAAUGUCUUUCCAGUUCCCCUCUCCCCCCAUAACUGCAUUUUAAUGCCUAGACAAAUGCGCGUAACAUGAAGGAAGAACAUGGAAGGAGUUAUGAAAGUUUAUUUCAUUUUCCUGUGGAGUGGGAAUGAGUGGCAGUAAGGAUCUGCAGUGCUCAGACAUUCUUUGCCCCUUAUUCUUGGUGGUAGUUUUGAAGGAUUAGGAGUAGAAAUGCUGUUUUUCUCUCAUGUCAGUGUUCCAUGCUGACAUUCUCUGAAGUAAGAUGACAAAAACAAGCCAGCUUUUUCCUCCCCCUUUUUUCCUGGUUGUUGAUUUGCAAAGAUCCCUCCAUUGGCUCCAGAAGAGAAACCUGUUUUUCAUUAAACCCAGGCUCAACUGAGUAAAUAGUUUGAAAUCUCUCUUGGACUUUCUCACUUGCAGAAUAGAUUGGUUGCUGCUAACUUUCUUAACUUUCUUCAGUUGCUGCUAAAAGAAAACCAUUUUGGAAACCAUUUUGGCAAUUUAUUUGACCAAACAAACUUAGUUUUUGCAAUGGCCUCAGGAAAAACAAGAAAGAUGGAAGAAAUAAGUCUGCUGAAGUACAUGUCAGGAUUUGGUAAUGAAUUCAGCUCUGAAGAUCCACGCUGCCCUGGAGCCUUACCAGAAGGACAGAAUAAUCCUCAGGUCUGCCCAUAUGGUCUGUAUGCUGAACAGCUCUCAGGGUCAGCAUUCACCUGUUCACGAUCUUCCAAUAGGAGAAGCUGGCUGUAUAGAAUUCUGCCUUCUGUUUGCCAUAAGCCCUUUCAGCCUAUUGAUCAGGGUCAUCUGACACAUAACUGGAAUGAAACUGAACCUGAACCCAAUCAGUUGAGAUGGAAGCCAUUUGAGAUCCCUACAAUCUCUCAAAGAAAGCUGGACUUUGUAACUGGACUAUACACUUUGUGUGGUGCUGGUGAGCCAAAGUCACGGAAUGGGCUUGCAAUCCACAUCUUCAUCUGUAACACCUCCAUGAUUAAUAGAUGUUUUUGCAAUUCAGAUGGAGACUUUCUGAUUGCACCACAGCAAGGCAAACUGCUCAUCGCUACAGAGUUUGGCAAGCUGCUAGUGGAGCCCAAUGAGAUCUGUGUCAUUCAGAAAGGGAUGCGUUUUAGUGUGGAAGUAUUUGGAGAAACUCGAGGCUAUAUUCUGGAAAUAUAUGGUGUACAUUUUGAAUUGCCUGACCUAGGACCUAUUGGAGCCAAUGGCUUAGCUAAUCCACGAGACUUCCUUGUGCCAGUUGCCUGGUAUGAAGAUGGCCAAAUAGCUGAGGGUUACACAGUGAUCAGCAAAUACCAAGGGAAGCUCUUUGAGGCAAAACAGAACUGCUCUCCCUUCAAUGUUGUCGCUUGGCAUGGGAAUUACACACCAUACAAGUACAAUCUCAGCAAUUUCAUGGUCAUAAAUUCUGUGGCUUUUGAUCAUGCGGAUCCUUCAAUCUUUACUGUCUUAACUGCCAAAUCAACACAUCCUGGAGUGGCAGUUGCUGAUUUUGUUAUAUUUCCACCGCGCUGGGCAGUGGCCACCAACACUUUCCGCCCACCUUAUUAUCACAGGAACUGUAUGAGUGAAUUUAUGGGCUUGAUCAAAGGGACUUAUGAGGCAAAGGAACUAGGAUUUCUACCAGGAGGAGCCACUCUGCACAGCAUGAUGAUACCCCAUGGACCAGAUGCUGAAUGUUUUGAGAAGGCCAGCACAAGCAAGCAGCAGCCUGAGAGAAUUGCAGAGGGAACUAUGGCCUUCAUGUUUGAAUCUUCCUUUAGCUUGGCUGUGACCAAAUGGGGGCUGAACACCAGCUUAGAUAAGAAUUACUACAAGUGUUGGGAAGCCCUGAAGAUUAAUUUUAAUGCCAAACAUAAAUGAAGAUGCCAGAAGUAUCCACACCCAGGUUCUUCUUUCCCAAGUAGUUCAAGAAAAUUAUGGGAACAAUAUCUUAGUCCACUUCAUACAAGCAUCUGAAAAGAUGAAUGUCUUGCAACUGAAAAAAAUUAAAGCUAAUGUGAACUGUUCAUGUAAAACUGUUAUGAAACUGGGAAUAUCUGUAAGCCUCCCAUCAUGUCGUACCCAAUGCAAAAAAAAAAAAAAAGGAACAAAAAAUUCCCAAACCCAA